GACGAUGGUGGGGGCAAGCUCAGCGUAUCGCUGCUUUAUUGAAAUAGAAGUGCACAGUCGAUUACAUGCAGAGCGUACAGUUGUUUUGAGGUUCCGGUUCUGUGGUGACCUGGACUGUCCGGACUGGGUCCUGGCGGAGAUCAGCACGCUGGCCAAGAUUUCCUCCGUGAAGCUGCGGCUGCUGUGUGGCCAGGUGCUGAAGGAGCUGCUGGGACAGGGGCUCGACUACGAGAAGAUCCAGAAACUCACUGCUGAUGCCAAGUUCGAGUCGGGCGAUGUGAAGGCCACGGUGGCCGUUCUCAGCUUCAUCCUCUCCAGCGCCGCCAAACACAGUGUGGACGGCGAGUCCCUGUCCAGUGAGCUGCAGCAGCUGGGACUCCCCAAAGAGCACGCCACGGGCCUGUGCCGCUGCUACGAGGAGCAGCGAAGCCCCUUGCAGGAGCACCUGCGGACCUGCAGCCUACGCAUUAACCGGCUGGUGGGUGUGAGCUGGCGCGUGGAUUACACCCUCAACUCCAGCCUGCUACAGACCGUGGAGGCGCCCAUGCUGCACCUGAGACUGCAGCUGGCAGACGCCCCCGGCGAGCCCGCCCAGCCUGUGACUAUGGCCCUCACGGUGAACAAGUUCCAGGUCCUCCUGGCAGAGCUGAGACAGGCCCACGCCCUGAUGGGCUCCCUGGGCUGAGGAGCCUCAGGACCCCAGGCUGAGUCUCUGCCCUCUGGACCCCUCCGCGGGCGCCUGGCAACAUGGUUCCCUUUGG